GCGCGGAGCGGGCGGCGAACAUGGCCGGCGUUGCCGACGCCGCCGCGCCGGGGAGCGGCGGGGAAGGGCGGCGCGGCGGCGCCCCGGAGCAGCAGCCGCCGCAGCCCCAGCAGCAGGAGGGCUGCCGCGGGGAGCCCAAGACUCUGUGGGGGAGCAGCGAGCCGCAGGCGGCCCCGCAGCAGCGGACGGAGACGCUGGGCUUCUACGAGAGCGACCGGGGCAGGAAGAAGAAGAGGGGGCUCUCGGAUCUUUCAUUACUGAGGUUCAUCAGUGCUGAGCUAACAAGAGGCUACUUCCUUGAACACAAUGAAGCAAAAUACACAGAGCGGAGAGAGAGAGUGUACACGUGCAUGCGGAUACCAAAAGAACUGGAGAAGUUGAUGUUUUUUGGAAUCUUUUUGUGCCUGGAUGCUUUUCUGUAUAUAUUCACCCUGCUUCCUUUGAGAGUUUUUCUGGCAAUGUUCCGGUUCAUCACUUUGCCUUGCUAUGGAUUACGUGAUAGACGUUUGCUGCAACCUGCUCAGGUGUGUGACAUGCUCAAAGGAGUGAUACUGGUCAUCUGUUACUUCAUGAUGCACUAUGUUGACUACUCUAUGAUGUAUCAUCUGAUAAGGGGACAGUCUGUCAUAAAGCUCUACAUCAUCUAUAACAUGCUUGAGGUGGCUGAUCGUUUGUUUUCUUCAUUUGGACAAGAUAUUUUGGAUGCUCUUUACUGGACAGCUACAGAACCGAAGGAAAGAAAAAGAGCCCAUAUAGGUGUGAUUCCUCACUUCUUCAUGGCAGUGCUGUAUGUCUUCCUGCAUGCCAUUCUUAUAAUGGUUCAAGCAACAACCCUCAAUGUGGCCUUCAACUCUCACAAUAAAUCAUUGCUUACCAUCAUGAUGUCCAAUAAUUUCGUUGAAAUAAAAGGAAGUGUUUUCAAGAAGUUUGAGAAGAACAAUCUUUUUCAAAUGUCAAAUAGCGAUAUAAAAGAGAGGUUCACCAAUUAUGUGCUGCUACUAAUUGUAUGUCUAAGAAAUAUGGAACAGUUCUCAUGGAAUCCAGAUCAUCUUUGGGUGUUAUUCCCAGAUGUUUGCAUGGUGGUUGCUUCAGAAAUUGCAGUGGAUAUCGUGAAACAUGCCUUUAUAACAAAAUUCAAUGACAUCACAGCAGAUGUCUACAGUGAGUACAGAGCCAGUCUUGCGUUUGACCUUGUUAGCAGUCGACAGAAAAAUGCAUAUACAGAUUAUAGUGAUUCGGUUUCCAGAAGAAUGGGUUUUAUUCCUCUUCCACUGGCUGUUUUACUCAUCAGAGUCGUAACAAGCUCGAUAAAAGUACAAGGAGUCUUAGCUUAUCUUUGUGUUGUGCUGUUUUACUGUGGGUUAAUAUCCCUAAAAGUUCUUAACAGUAUUGUCUUGCUGGGGAAAUCGUGUCAAUAUGUAAAGGAGGCGAAAAUGGAGGAGAAAUUAUUCAAUCCUGUCCCAACUGCCACCCCAGGGAAGUCAGCUGGCAAACCGCAAAGCAUGUUUAAAUCUACCCAUGGAAUUUCCACAGAUGAAAAUCGAUCUACAUCAGUUACCAAUCAACCCGUGCAUCAGAAAGACAAUACGCCGUCUUUACUUGUAACAAGCAAUUCCGAUCAAUUUCUGACAACUCCUGAGGGAGAAGAAAAAGAUAUAAGCCAAGACAGUUCAGAAUUGAAACACAGGUCUUCAAAGAAAGACUUGUUGGAGAUAGACAGGUUCACUAUUUGUGGAAACAGAAUUGACUAAGAUCUUUUUAAUCAAUGUGCUAAGGAUACUGAGCUGUUGGGACAGCAGAUGCUACCAGAAUGGACAGUUGCCAAAAAGGCACAUAAAUAUUUAUUUAAAAACUUAAAUUAUUAAUGGCAAAAAUAUUAAUUUCUUUCUACAAGUAACUUGGCUUGGUAUCUGGUCAGGUCAAGUAAGCAAUCUUUAACUUGCCUCUUGGAAAAUGUGGUGGAUCGUGAGUCUCUAGCCUGGUGGCAGAGCUGCAGUAUCACUUUUCUGGAAAAUAGACUGGGAAAAAAGCAUAAUCCUGUUCUGCAUUAUGAAACCACGCUUCCAGAACAUACUACUUUUAAGAAGGUUCCUCCAGUGUAAGGAUAUUCCUGGAAAUGUAUGACAACAUGACAGGAAGCUUCCCUUUCGAGUUACCUUGUUUUAUUAAACAUCUGCAAAGAGGUCUCAAAACUUGUGCUUAUUUCAACAAACACAUAAAGCAUUGGUACAUAAAACAGCAAGUCAGGCUAGUUACUCUUGUCAGCAGAAAAAUCUUUUCAAGAUGUAUCUGAACUAAUCAGAAUACAAAAAUGCCUCUAAAUGAAAUAUUUACCGCAUACUAUUUUAUCUAAAUACCAAACACCAAGGAAAGAUCACAAAAUACAGUGAAGGUCCUGCCUAACUGGGCAGAUAAGAAACAUAUCAUUCAUUGUGUUCAGCUGUGUGUCCUGCAAGGCAGAUUAUUUAUAAAAUAAUUUUAUAAAGCUGAGGAUUUUUUCUUGUUGUAUGAAAAAGUAAGAGGGGUACAUCUAUAUGUCGAGGAAAGGCAGUGUGAAUUGCAGCAAGCAGAAGUGUUGCGUUGGAACUGUAUGUAUGGCAUUAAUGUAACAGAGAGGAAUAAUACACUGCAUUUUGGGAUUUCACUCUGGCAAGAAUGACAUCUGUGUAUUAACUUGCCAGAGAACAUGCCUGUAAAAGCUCUUACUGACAAUCAAAUCAGAAUUAUCCAUUUCAGUUGAUUGGUUUUAGCCAAACGUAAGUAGAUGCGCUAUAUCUAUAAAGUGCAUUUAAGCAUUACAAUGCAUCUUACUUCUUUCUGGUGUGAGCAGCAGUUGGGGGAGAAUUGAUGGAAGAUGGUUUGGAGUCCUGAAGCUGAGAAUGAAAUAAAUUUCAGAUCAAAACCGAGGCCUCAAAAGAGACCCUUCAGUUGAUGAUAAAUUCUUUAUGUAUUGUUGUUAAAACACAGCAUUGACUUCUAAUGCCUUUCAGAUAUUUAAGUAAGCACCAGUUUCACUUCCUAAGGAAAAGCAUCAUACCAGUGCUUCAGUGCUGAACAAAUGAUGCAAAAUUUACUUUUUUUUUUUUUUUUUUACAGUUUGUCAGAGAGAGAAAGCUGGAGUUCAUUUGGUUUACGGAUAUAAAAUGUGAGUUUAAUGUAUGUGUUAAUCCCUGAAACUUGCGGGACUGUGCUAGUUUAGCAAUUGGAGCCAAUUGCACAGAAUUAUGACGUAUCUGAGCAGACUCGGUAAUGAGGUAGCUUUGCCAUACGGGUUGGUGUGGUCUGCUCUGGUGGGAACUUCUUGCUGCAGUCUGUCAGCCUCUCCUCUCCCAGUGAGGGUGGCUGGAGUAAUGGCCAAAAUCUGUGGUUACCGUUCAGGGAUGAGAGUAAAGGAGGAGGAUUUGUGCUGGGGAAACAUCUGAAAUUCUUUAAAAUUUGAUGUAUUUUCUACUAAUUGGAGAUGUUCACACAUUGAAAUUCAGAUUAUCUGUCAAUUUGGUGUGUCUUAUUUUUGAAUUAAUUAGCAGUUGCUAAAGGAAGCUUGGAAUUGCUUUCAUUUUUUUCUGUUGAAUGUCAUUCUGUAUCAAUUUUAUAAGUGCAUCUUGUGUGAAACUCAAUAAAAUUCAAUUUUGUAAUAUUUGUUUA